GCGGCGGAAGGUCUUGCAGCAUCUUCCAUACAAGGCAAGUUCAAGUCUCCGUCUACACCACCAAGCCAUGUGUCAGACCAGGGACACAGUAGCCAGACCAUGUAAAGAAUCUCUGCAAUCCGUAAGAUAAUUACGGGUGAGAACCCCGGUGGCUGGUGCCAGAGCUAGGUCCUCAUCAGGCGGCCAGGCGGGACCUGCUCCUGCCCGUGGUUCUCCUUGGGCGCACACCGGGAACUCGCGGGGUCCUCCUCAAGCGGGGAGGCAGCGGGGAAGCUCUGGCCGCGGCUCCGCCCCGGGGGUUGCCUUUUCCUUAGAAGGCAAAGCCCCAAGCCUCGCCUCUCGCCGGCGGAGAGUUGCGCUUUGCUACCCGCAAUCCCCUCGCCUCCGACGCCGCCGCCGCCGGGGCCCCCGGAGCGCCUGAGGCCCCGCGCACUCCGCGCUCCAGCCGAGCUCAGGCGUGGACUGGGCGGGCGCCGGGGCGGGGCGCGCGUCCUCGCCGGUUUGAAUGGAAGGAUCCAGAUCCGCGGAGACGGCGGCCAGCAGAUUCUGAAGCCAGCGCUCCUCCCCGGCCUCCGCGCCCGCGACAUGCCGCAGGAGAGGUGUGGCGCCCCCCGCCCGCGUCCCCGCCAUGGAGGUGCUGCGGCGCUCCUCGGUCUUCGCCGCCGAGAUCAUGGACGCCUUUGACCGCUCGCCCACCGACAAGGAGCUGGUGGCCCAGGCCAAGGCGCUCGGCCGGGAGUUCGUGCACGCGCGGCUGCUGCGCGCUGGCCUCGCCUGGAGCGCGCCCGAGCGCGCCGCGCCCGCGCCCGGCGGCCGCCUGGCCGAGGUGUGCGCGGUGCUGCUGCGCCUGGCGGAUGAGCUGGAGCUGAUCCGGCCCAGCAUCUACCGCAACGUGGCCCGCCAGCUGAACAUCUCCCUGCAGUCCGAGACCGUAGUGACUGACGCCUUCCUGGCUGUGGCGGCCCAGAUCUUCUCUGCAGACGGACGUCCUCAAGUGCGUGGUCAGCACCGACCCCGGCCUCCGCUCUCACUGGCUUGUGGCCGUGCUCUGCAGCUGUGGCCGCUUCCUGAAGGCUGCCUUCUUCAUGCUGCUGCCGGAGAGAUGAGCUGCUGUCUUGGGCAGAGGAUGCCACCCGGCCCCCCAACCCCAGAGGCCCUUGGCCCCCGAAAGCAUCGUUCUCCACCCCCUCCCAGCCAGGAAGACCCUCGGAGCCCUGCGUCAAAGCUGGAGGCCCUGCCCUGAGCCCCUCUUCCACAGACCCAGGCCCUCCGGAAGGGGGACUGGGAGGGGGGCUUCCCUGGGCCUGGAGCUGGGCUUCAGUGCCAACAGGGGGCCGCUCCCCACUGCUCCCCUCUUGCAACCCCAGCUUGUCCCCUUCUUUCUAGAGCCGGAAAGUCAGGGUCACCUCCCAGGCCCCAGAGGAAAGCAGCCAGGAACAGGAAGCUCUCGCUCGAUGCCGGGGUCCCGUCCGUGUAGGGACCACAUCAGGACAUGAGCCGGCCUCGGUCCUCAUGGGCAUGGGGCCCUGGACACUUGGCCUGAAGGUGACUCUGGUGCUGCCAAGGCUGGAGGAGCGGGGGGGGGGUCUUCCUGACCCCACGAACAGAGCAGCAGAAGGCUCAUGUGGUGUUUGCUGCAUCCACUUUUGGAGUGAGUGCAUCUCCACCCAUGGCAGGGCCCUCGUGGGGCAGGGACCCGGGUGGGGGGCUCCAGGCCGCACACCUGACCGAUGAAUACCAGCAUCCAUGAACAAGGUGGACGGUGUGUGUGUGUGUUCGGUCCCAAUAAAGUUUCAUGGCAAACGGA